UUUCUUUCUUUCUCUCUGUGCGCUUUUUCACAAAAAACACUUGAACUGGGGUUGAAACUGAAACAGGGCACGACUCGUAAAAGGAGUGCAGCCUCUUGCCUCCUUCAUUCUCACAGUUUCCUGUUCAAGGAGGCCAUUUUGUAAGCUCAGCCUUGGAGAGGAACAACAACAAAGUUUGGCAUUGUUUUUGUUUUUCUUGCUCUCCCACAGCCCCGGGGGAGUUUCACAACCAAGUUUGGACUUUCUCCUCUGCAGAGCGGCGUCUUUGGACGGCAAGGAGGGAAAAGAAGGUGGAGGUGGGAAAGCAGUGGGAGGGUAGUUUUCUCCCUCACUGUGUCUGUCUGCUCUCACACACAUUGUUCAUGCAUGUCUUGUCCGGACUGUGAAAGGAGCCUGACGACGAGAGAGAAGAGGCAGAAAGGAAGAGAGAAACACUUGCUUCCUGGAUAAGGAUUUCUUCCUUGAUCCACUGGAAGGGGGUGGACGCAGGAGUCAGAGGAGUGUGUGCUCAGUGUGUCCAUGUGUCAGUGUGGGAAGCCCUCAGUCCUCUGAUAGUGUGAAUGAGUGGUGGCUUCUCUGACACUUGUACGCUGCACCUGGGCGUGUGUUUGUCACUGUGUAUGUUGAGAGCAGACAAGCGGACUCUGAAUGGCUAACGCUAGCCCUUGCAUGCCCUCAGGGCCCAUGGCCCAGGUCUUCUUCCCCCCUGGUGGCCCCUCGCCGCCAGGCUCGGCUGUAAUGCAGCAGGGGACACCCAUAUCCAUGCCCUCCAUGCACGCUCAGGGUGGCUUUCCUGUGAUGGACCUGACCUCGGUGCAGGGUGCUGGCGGGGCCGUGAUGCCUUCAAUGCCACCCACUCCAGCGGGGGUGUCCUUCAUCAUCCAGAUCGGUCUGACCAGGGAGUCGGUCCUGAUGCCCCAGACAGCUGACCUGGCCUAUGUAAAGCAAAUUGCCUGCUCCAUUGUUGACACCAAGUUUCCAGAGUGCGGCUUUUAUGGCAUUUAUGACAAGAUUUUGCUGUUCAAACACGACACGUCGACCAACAACAUUCUGCAACUAGUUAAAGCUGCUGGUGACAUUCAGGAGGGAGAUCUGGUGGAGGUGGUGCUCUCUGCGGCGGCCACAUUUGAAGAUUUCCAGAUUCGGCCCCAUGCCCUCAAUGUGCACUCAUACCGGGCCCCGGCCUUCUGUGAUCACUGUGGAGAGAUGCUGUUCGGACUGGUCCGGCAAGGGCUCAAGUGUGACGGAUGUGGCCUAAACUACCACAAGCGCUGCGCCUUCAGCAUCCCCAACAACUGUAGUGGAGCUCGUAAACGUCGCCUGUCCACCACCUCCCUGAGCAGCAGCCAGUCCCUGCGUCUCUCCACAACUGAGUCAGUGUACAGUGUGGGGACGACGUCCACCUGUGCAGAAGACACCAGCCUCAUUCGCUCACACACACAAAUGCCACGGACCCCCAGUGAAGCCCGGCGCUUCUACACGGGCCGACCAGUUCAUCUGGACAAGAUCCUGAUGAGCAAAGUGAAGGUGCCUCAUACGUUUGCUGUUCACUCGUACACGCGACCGACGGUGUGCCAGUACUGCAAGAGGCUUCUUAGAGGACUGUUCAGGCAGGGUUUACAGUGCAAAGACUGUAAAUUCAACUGCCAUAAGCGCUGUGCAUACAAGGUUCCUAAUGACUGCCUCGGGGAGACCCUUGGAGACAUGUUGAGUCCCAGUGCAGACCCGGAGGUGCCGAUGGACUACAGCAGCGAGUACGACGCCUCAGACAAGUCUUCAAUAGACGACUCGGACGAAGCCUGCAGCAUCCCUGGGUCCUUUUCUCCUGACAACAACCAGGACGGAACCAGCGGAGACCAAAGGUGUUAAGAAAAUAUGAACAUUUGGAGAAAGCUACCAAAGGAAUGUCAAACCAGUUAAAAACUUCAUCCUACCUGGUAACCCCCUAAACUUUGUCCUGCUUCGUCUUCCAGUGUUUACAUCCCGUUGAUGAGGGUGGUACAGUCGGUGAGACAGACAACUCGUCGAUCCAGCACAGCUAUCAAGGAAGGAUGGAUGGUUCACUACAGCAAUAAGGACACCCUGAGAAAGAGGCACUACUGGCGUCUGGACUGUAAGUGCAUCAUCCUUUUCCAGAAUAACACCUCCAACAAAUACUACAAGGAGAUCCCUCUAUCUGAAAUUCUGGAGUUGCGUCCGGCCAGUGACUUCACUCUCGUUCCACAAGGCACCAAUCCCCACUGUUUCGAGCUCAUCACAGCCACUAUGUGCUACUUUGUAGGGGAGGACCCCAACACCCUCCCAUCACUUUCCCCCAGCAACCCCCAGACCCUCCCGCAGACGCCUCCUUCCCCCAGCCAGGUGGCCCCCAACAGUGGCAUCGGGCGCGAGGUGGCAAAGGCUUGGGAGAGCGCCAUUCGCCAGGCCCUCAUGCCAGUCAUCUUCCAGGAUGCACCGCCAGCUGAGGGCAACACACCGCACAGACAAGCAUCCAUCAGCAUAUCUGUGUCCAACAGUCAAAUCCAAGAGAAUGUGGAUAUUGGCACAGUGUACCAGAUUUUUGCUGAUGAAGUGCUGGGAUCUGGGCAGUUUGGAGUAGUGUACGGAGGGAAGCACAGGAAGACGGGGAGAGAUGUCGCUGUCAAAGUCAUUGACAAGCUUCGCUUUCCCACCAAGCAAGAGAGCCAGCUAAGGAAUGAGGUGGCCAUCCUGCAGAGUUUACGUCACCUGGGCAUUGUGAACUUGGAGUGCAUGUUUGAAACCCCAGAGAAAGUGUUUGUGGUGAUGGAGAAGCUACAUGGCGACAUGCUGGAGAUGAUCCUCUCGAGUGAGAAAGGCAGAUUGCCUGAGAGGCUCACCAAGUUCCUCAUCACACAGAUUCUUGCAGCUCUGAGACAUCUGCACUUUAAGAACAUCGUUCACUGUGAUCUGAAACCUGAGAAUGUGCUACUCGCCUCUGCUGAUCCCUUCCCACAGGUAAAGCUGUGUGACUUUGGUUUUGCUCGUAUCAUCGGUGAGAAGUCUUUCCGUCGCUCGGUGGUCGGCACCCCGGCUUAUUUGGCCCCGGAGGUGCUGCUGAACCAAGGCUACAAUCGCUCAUUGGACAUGUGGUCAGUCGGUGUCAUUAUGUACGUCAGCCUCAGUGGGACUUUCCCCUUCAAUGAGGAUGAAGACAUCAAUGACCAGAUCCACAACGCAGCCUUCAUGUACCCUCACAACCCCUGGAAACAGAUCUCCAGUGAUGCCAUUGACUUGAUCAACAACCUGCUGCAAGUCAAGAUGAGGAAACGCUACAGUGUGGACAAAAGUCUCAGCCAUUCAUACUUACAGGACUAUCAGACCUGGCUGGACCUACGGGAGCUGGAGACUAAACUGGGCGAGCGUUACAUCACCCACGAGAGUGACGACAGCCGCUGGCAAAUGUUUGCCCGGGAACACACGUUGCCAUACCCGGCUCACCUUGUGCCCCCUCCUCCUGCACCGGCCUCCGACGAUGAGGAGGGCGGGGAGGACGCAGAUGUGCAAGGUCUCACUGAGAGGGUCAGCAUCCUCUGACCGCAGAGACAUGGAGGACUCAAGCUCAUUUUGAAACAAAGUGGGGAGAAGGAGGAUGGGGUGAUCCACCUGGAGUCUGAAAAGGACAGAAAGUUACAAAGAAUGAGAAUCCUGUCCAGCUUGUUUGGUCUUUCGAUGCACAACAUUUGCUGUGUGUCAGCAUUACAUCCAAUUUGACUUGUCUGCCUUGAGCUCUUCAAAAUGUCCUUCAAAUCAUUUACCUCGCUCUUUCUGGUCCUCUUUCAUCUUUUGAAGUGUUGAAUUCCUCUCACAUUGUCUGUUCGGCUGACCCAGCAGGUCUUCACAGAUAAAACUGGAGUCAAACUUUAUAUCAGAAUUGGUUACAGGAAUGAAAAGCAGCACAGUCCUUUCCUGUAGCUGCAACAUGCCUUGAAGGGAGGCAGGAAAUAGCAUUUCACCGCAAAGCGAAGAUAAGAAUUGUGGGUUGUUUUUUUUUAAAGGUGUUGUUCUAUACAAAUAGUAGUUAAAUUUAAGUGAAGCUGCAUCAAAUUAAAAGAAAAGUAAGGCUUGUUCAUAGUGUCGUUUAGCUGGGGUGACUGGAAUUACAGUCCCUCUUAUGUCUUCACUAAAGGCCGGUUCAAUCUCUUUUCAGUGAUGGAGCUCUUUACAGUGACAAAAGACUUCCUCUGUGCCGGUAAUUACUAAAGUGAAUGCACGGAGGAAAACCCAUCUGUAUUCACAAAUGCAUUCCCAUAAAUUCAUGUCCUGUAGUGAAAACUAAAGUAUUGAUCUGGAGGGACAGCAAAUCCUCCAGUAAUUACCGCUGGUUUUGAGCCACAAUAGAGUCCUAAAAAAAACACAUGUAAUUAAAGAUGCCAUUGUGGGUUUAAAUGAACUCUAAUAUUCAGGAUGUUACCUGCUAUGACUGGACAGUUCUCAGUCACGCGAGACGUUUCUACCUGCAGCCAACAGAUUAGACAACACAAGCUUUAGAAGCUCCUGCUGAGUGGUGAAAAUUGCCUCUAUUGAUAUCGACAUCCCUGAAGUGAAGCAGUUCAUUGAAAUGAUGAACAACAUGUCUUAACAGCUGACUGUACUAAAGAUUCAUGUACUGGUAACGACAAGCACAUAAACAGACUAUCAAGAGCAGACUUCUCCCUGCGGUGUGAGCGCGAGGACAGACAGCUUGGGUUCCUAGACUAGAUUUUUGUUAUCGACUACCUUUUAUUGUCAAUAUGUUGCAUGUUUCCGUGAAGUAGAAUUUAUCUAGAUACGUCAUUGAACAUACUGUAGUUACAAUAGUCUAUCAUACGAAUGUGUAACCUGACGUUUAUGUAGUUUGUCAAAUAUGUGUAGACUGUGUCCAGCAUGUUUGAAGGAUGAUCCUGGCCUCUUUGACAGAUAAUACAAACCUUCAACAGUG